UUCGAUUGCAGCGCGCUUCAGGUCGUAGGUUUCAUUUUUGCGCGGAUUUAUAUAUAAUAGUAUAUAAACAUGUCAGAAAUAAAAAUAAUUAAUUUAAGCAAUACAUGUCGUGUGUGCCUUCAACAAGAUUCGAAAACAAUGACGUCGAUUUUUGAGGACGAUAGUAAUAAUCUAGCUGAUGUUAUUAGUUGUUUAGCAGAUGUGAAGAUUGACCCGAAAGAUGGUUUACCAGAUGCAAUUUGUUUUAAUUGUAAAAGAAAAGUUGAAGAGUUUGAUAGAUUCAAAAAUUUAAUUAAACUUUCUGAUAAAACACUCAGAUCAUAUUUGAAAAUAAAUGAUGGAAAUAAUUCCGAGUUAUGUAUUAAUCAAGACAAUAUAUUUACUGAUAAUAGUGAUUCGCCAAUUACUUAUAUAGUUACGAUGCCGAAUGACUCAACGCAGAUAUGGGAUACUGCAGAUUCGUUCGAACUCAAAAAAAAUGUAGACGAAGAGACGGAAGGAGACAGUGAUGUGAAAAUGGAGUAUUUGUAUGAGACUGAAGAGGACUGCGGUGACAAUAAUAAUGAAAUAAGUGUAAGUAAGUGUAGAAAAAACAUUGAUAUCUAUUGCCAACUGUGCUCUAAAAAAUUCAGUUCACUCAAAGAAUUGAAGAAACAUGUAAUUGAACAUUGUUUAUUAAGUGAAACGCGAAAUGCGACCAGCGAAAAUUUAAUAAAACAAGUUCGAGAAGAAGAUGUCAACUCGAGUGAAGAACAAGAAAGUCCGCAAUUAUCAUUAAGCCCUUUAACGAAAACGUCAAAUUCGACAGAAGAUAAAUUAAAUAACGAAUCAAUUACUCAGUCAUCUAUAAUUACAAAAAAAGUAUCUGAAAAUCCACGAGUUAAAAAAACGAACAAGAAAAAAAAUGGACCGCAUCCUCAGCGGCGAUAUCCGAUAGUUAGAAAUAAAUUAGAUAGAAUAAUUGAUGAAGGCGGUAUUUGUUUAGGUUUCAAGUUCAAAGACAACUACUUUGAGAGUGUUGUGUUGUGCAAAUACUGUAGCCAAGAGUUAACAACAGACAUGAUCAAUGACCAUGCAAGUGAAUGUUCAAUUAAAAAUCGUAAUUUGAUAUGUGAAGAGUGCGGGAAACAAUUCAAUUUAUUUACUGAACUGAAAAAUCACAAAACAACACACUCGUCAAAACCGUUGACGUGCGUACACUGCAAUAUUAAUUUUUCAAAUAUCAGUACAUACAAUACGCACAUGAAAAGACAUACUCUCGGGAGCCGGUUUAAUUGUGAAACAUGUGGCAAAAAAUUCUUUUCAAACUCCGAGUUGAUUCGACAUGUACAGAAACAUUUAAAUAACAAACAAUACACGUGUAAUUGUUGUGAUGCGUCAUUCGUAACACGCCCUGAGCUAACGCGGCACCUCAAGUAUCACUCGGGGUUGAAAAAAUUCCAGUGUUAUAUUUGUAUGAAAACGUAUUACGAGUCAGGUCAUUUAAAAGUACAUAUGCGAUGUCACACUGGAGAAAAGCCUUUCGUUUGCCAGACUUGCAACAAAGCUUUUAUCACUAAAUCUAAAUUGAAAAGACAUGAGAAAAUUCAUAGCCCGAAAACUGAUUAGCAAGUAAUCAGGAGAUAUAGGGUAGAGGUGCCGUUCUUGGCCAGUUUUUGACCACUAAUUUUAAAAGGACAUAUUUUUAUACGCCCAUUUAACUUUAGUCACUAAAUUUAAAACCAAAAGCAUAUGAUUUGUCUUCAAUUGCAAAGCAUAUUGCAGAUUUAUUCUUAAAAAAAAUACGCCCGUUUUUCGCGCAGGGAAAAUGGAAAAAUUUUUAUGUGAUUUGACUGCUUAAAGGUGACUUAAGAGAUAAUGGGGUCGACGCAAUUUUUCGGCUGACAUACCAGCAGCUACUCGAAAUAUCUCAGAAAUUUAGACCCAGUAUAUUUUUUUUCUUUUUAUUAUGUUUUUUUAUUUCCCAUGAAAAAUGAUGAUCCUGAAGUUAGCAGAGUUAAAAAUUUUCAAAUUUUUUUUUUCAACUACUUAAUUUAAAAAAAAAAUAUGCACAUGUAGAAAAUUAAAUUAACUAUAGGUGCAAUUUUUUCAUAUAUAUAUUUUUUUCCAUUUUAUUGUUUAAAAAAAAAUCCAAAAGUUAAUUAAUAACACGUUCUGAUUAAGUAUAUGAAUAAAAAUAUGUCCUUUUGGAAUUAGUAACGCGUGUUACAAUAAAAAUUUUAUUUUACACAUUUAAAUUAAUUGAAACCAAGUACUAAGUGUCCAAAAAUAUAAGUGGCCACAAACGCUACCUCAACUCUGAGGUAAAGAUUUAAAAUUUAAAUAUUGAACCAAAUGUACAGAAUGAUAAUAAUAAUAUUUUUAUUUAUUUAUUUAACAAAAUAAGAAAACCCAUGGUAUGUUAUUUCAAUUGUUUAUAUUUUUUUUUAAAACUUCUUAUAAUAGAGAGUAUGUACAUACUACAAAUCCAGUUAACUUACUCAUCAAAAUGUAUAACAGGUGUUUAUUACCGCGUCGUCGCUUUGUUGAUACAACGUAGAGAGCUCCAACACACAUCAGUCGUGGUUGGGAGUGUGAACUUACACUUUAUCCGCAUACUCUCAUCACCACGCAACCCUAACGAAGCUUCUCUUUACUCUCUCCCUCUCUUUAUCUCUCUAUCUCUUUCUCCCAGUGCUUCUUUGCAUACUUGAUUACUCGACUGUUUUAUCUGCUGGCCAUUAGAAUGCAAAUUUUUUUUUAACAAGUUUUAUCUCCGCACCAGCAGGUAUGUACAUAGAUAGAAUGUAUAACUAAAGAUAGUAACAAAAAAAUUAGUUUAAAGGCAUCAAGAAGAUUAGAUCGAUAUCAAAUGCACGAAAGCACUUACACAAAGGGUUACUGAUACAUUUUUUAUUCUUCUACUCUUAAUUUAUAUUUUUUUUAUUUUAUUUUUUCUCGCCGCGUCUUAAAACCACUCACUCUUUAAAAGUACCUUUAAUUUUUAAUCCAGCAGAGCGCCAGAAAGUACACUGAUAUAAUUAACGCCAGAGCUUAUCCUUUUCUCAGGAAUUUUCUUAAUACGGCUUGAUGGUUGCAGCAUUUGUGUAUUGAAACAAGUCAAGAGAUAGUGUGGAGACGAGACACCGCCACAAGCUGUUGGGUUUCAAGUACUCUAAGUAAACCUGGUACCUGCUAAGUACCAGCAUAGAUCGUUACCGUAAUACUAUACAACUGCGCGUUUCAAACAUCUUCCGGAUGAUAUUGUCAUGAGUAUAAUAGUGAUACCGCUUUAGAUUUCAAGUUAUACAACUCGCCUGUCGUGCUCAACAAUACCUCUUAUCCGCUGUAUCAUAAUAUAUAUACAUAUUAUAAUAUGUUUAUUAAACUUUGGUAAUACCUUACAUCCAUCAACGGUUUAUUCAUUUAUUUAUAUUAUAUUUUUUAUUUUUUUAAGGCCAUUCGCAGACAGUACUUUCCAGUUUUUGAAAAUUUUCAAUAACUGUCAUAAGUGUAUUGAAAUUUUAUCAAUUAAUUAAAAAAAAAUUAAGGGAAUUUUUAGACAGUGUCGCCAUUUUUUAAAAAUAUCAAAUGACUGAACUGUCAUAACAGUAUUAAAAUUUUAUUAAUUAUUUUCAAAAAAAUCAAAGCAUUAAUUGGAAUAAAUUUCAGCAAAAUCUUUGUGUAAAUUUUAUAAUUCGAAUUUUGAAAUUCUGUAGGCUGAAAUUUAUUUAACAAAUUUUGUUUAAGUCCUAAUUCAUAACAACUUUAAGUAAUUUUUUAAAAAUUCUAUGUCCCGGCGAAAUUUUCCUCUUUUCAAUUUUUUUUUUAAUUAAUUAUCAAAAUUUUAAUAGAGUCAUUACGAUCGAAAGUCAUCAAAUGUUUUAAAAAAGUGGGGGAGACUGUCUGAGAAUGGCCUUAAAGGACUAAUUGAAAAAAGGGCAUCGUGGUUACAAUUUCGCUGAGUUAUAGAUUAAAAAAAAUUACUUACCGUGGUUAUUAAUUGGGAAUUAAUCGAAACCCUAAUUGAUCAAAACUGUAAGUAAUUAUUUUUGAAUUCUAUAUCCCCGCGAACUUGUCCUUGUUUCAAUUAAGGUUUUAUUUUUUUUUUUUUUUAAUAACAUAAAAUUUUACUACGGUUAUGACAGUCAUCAUUGCAUAUUUUUAAAAAAUGCGGCACUAUCUUCGGAUGCCCUCAAUACCAAAAGUUUAAUUUUCACAACUUUUUUAAAGAGCGUCGACCUUUCGUUCGGUAAUUUAUAAAAUACGUAAUAUAUGCAAUUCAUUUAAAAUGGUAAUUAAUUUUUUAAUAAUUACUCAACAUGUAAAUAUCAGCGUCCCUUUAAUUACUUGCAGCAAUUUAUCAUUAAAAAUUUAAGUGAAAUGACAGUUUCACUAAUUACAUUAUAAUUUUAAUUUUAAAAUAAUCUAGCCGUCAGAAAAUUUAGUAUCUGACUAUUAUAUUAAUACUAUAUUGUAUACUUUUAAACUUUUUAUCUACUCAUUGUGGUGUUCAUUCAUCAGGAACAAGAAAGACACUUUGAGAUGUAGAACUUGUGUGCAAGUACAACAAUAAAGUCACGAGAGUCUCUUGUGAGUUGUCUUCGUUGUCAGAAAACCAGAUAUUUUUUGCUUCUAUUAUUAUUAUUAUUUAUUUCUUAUCUCUUGUCAUAUUCUUUUUAAAUUUCUUGCUCUGUUGCUAAAGUAUAAAGAGUUAGGUGCCGGCAUUUCUUGUAUAUACAUUGUUUCCCGUUGACAAUUCGCACUCGGCGUUUUUGCAGAUCGAUCCUGUCAGCAGAAGUAAAUUCUUCAUAAUACACAGCAGCUACAGCCA